CAUUUUCGUGUUCUUUACUGUCGAAAGCAAAUCAAUGAAACUUACUUUCAAAAAGUGGAUGACAAAGCUUGUUAUUCGAGCACUAAGCCAAACGUAACAUUGUUUCAACAAUGUAAUGAAGUGAUGUGCCCACCUGAAUGGAGACCUCUCCCUUGGUCUGAGGUAACAUUUUAAACCACAAAACCAUUGCUUUAUAAUAAUGGUCUUUUAAAGCUUUAUUUCAAGUGUAUAUGACAGGAUAUUUUUUUUGUCGUUUUUAAUUUCUAAAUAUGUGUAAAAUAUGUGUCCAAAAUCAAAACUUAACAAAUUUUAUGCAUAACCUUUUUUCGUCUUCAAAACACGCAAAUUUCCCUUCAAAAGUCUCCGCCCUAUCGCGCGCUAACUUGACAAGUAUGACGUAGAGUGAUUUGCAAGAGGGUAGAAUAAUAAACAAGAUGACGGCUACUACAAAGGAUUGUCUUUGUCGACAAUUCCCCAGUCAUUUUCAGAAUCUUUAUUUGCUUCGCUAUACCUUUCGUUAAUACAACCAGCAAUGACUAGAAUCGGAGGUGGAGGCUGAGCAAAUCAACUGACGUCACAUAGCGUCAUCAGUCUUUCUUUGAUCCUUUACUCGUUUCCAGUCUCUGGGAUGUUUCUCAAUGAGAAAAAACAGCUUUUUGGAAGGCCAAAAUUCAAGAAAUGUUUUGGAGACAAGUUUUCAAAAUUUAAAAUUGUUGAUUAAACUUAUCUAAGGACCAAAAUCAGUUUUUAAAAAAAGUUCAUGUCACAAACAUAGCGAAUGUCCUUCCACAGGAGCCCUGUUACAUUUCACCAUGACAUUUCUAUCAUUGGUUAUACUGGUUCCCCGUCCUUUGUAAAAGUGGGGUGUGGUGCUUCCAAGUUUUCAUAUUUUUAUUGAUCGAUAUGUGUUGUAAGCAAAAGGAAAUGAAGCAUGUUUAUGUCCAGUGGUGGUACUUUUUGUAUGGUUUGCAUCUUUUAAAAUAUCAAAGUCUACUUCUCAGCUAGGUCAGUUUGGCAGUCUGUCUUAUAACACAUCAAUAACAAUCACCCAGAAGCACAGAAUUUCCCAUUUUCUAUCAUACCUGACUUUAUUUCGCUUUUAGUGUUCAGCGACGUGCGGCGGUGGUGUAAUGACGCGAAAGUUAGAAUGCAUCAGGAUGAACGAAGUGGGGCACGUUAUAAGAGCUGGGCACUCAUUUUGUCGAUAUGCUGCCAAACCUCUUACAGCAACCGUCUGCAACGAAGACAAGCACUGUGAUCGUAAGUGGAGCCCAAAUACACACUAUUAACCUUUUUUACGGCAGCUAUUUUAAUCGUCGGCACGGAGCAUUUUUAUUCCAGCAAGGGGAAUCCAAGACAGUCUUGGAUUCUGGAUUCCACGCCGUGGAUUCUGGAUUCAAGGUACUGGUUUCUGGAUUCUCUGUCAGUGGAUCUUGGAUUCCGGAUUUCAAUCAUUCCUGAUUUUUUUAACUGUAUUCCGGAUUCCCUCACGUGAGGCGUUAUGAGGGCAUAGAAAAGAACCUUUUGUCAAGUGCCAAAGAACGCAAGCCAUCGCGUACGCAAACGAAAGAAAAAAAUUGUCCUCUUGCUUGCGAUCAUAGUAAGGUCUACUUUACUUUUCUCACAGUUUUCUCAAAGAAUUCUUUCAGCGUUUUACUCUACCAUAUAGUAAAGUUAGAUUUUUCUUGAUCUUAUUAAUUUUGAUUUUCUUCUGUUUUUAUAUUGCAACUGAACGAUUCUUUGUUAUAAUUAUAGUUUUGUGUUUGAAACUAAUGUCGCCUAAUUUAGUCUCCGUCCCAUAAACAACACAGACAAACCAAGGUCUGACUGAUCUUUUCUUACUCAGCUCCACCUGAAGUUCAAGUGGCAUGUUUUAUCGGUGCUGAUAAUAUCAAAGAAGUACUUGGAGAUUUUACUAAACAGAUCAACUGGGACGACACAAAUGAAGUGGUAAAAAAAUGUGCUAAGCUGGCUCACAAUAAAGGUUACACGCUUUUUGCGCUGGGCAGCAAUGGCCUGUGUUUAUCAGAGGCCAACAUGAAACAGAAAUACCAUGUAAGUGGUUCUGAAGGAGCGAAGUGCAAAGACGGGAUUGGAAUGUGGAACAGCAUGUUCGUCUAUUCCUUAGGUAAAGUG